GGCUCUAUGCGCUCCGCAGCCCCGGCGUAGCCCGGGCACAGCCCCCGGGGCUGCCGGGGCCGAGCGCGCCAUUGUUGGGGGAGGGGGCGGCUGCCGAGCGCCGCGGGGUCGGGGGGCGGGCGAAGGCGCCGACGGCGGCGGCGGAGCGCAGCGGGGGCGCCCCAUGGGGAACACGCUGACCUGUUGCGUGUCCCCCAAUGCCAGCCCCAAGUUGGGCCGGCGCGCGGGGCCGGCGGAGCCGGAAUACGAGUCUGAGAUCUACGAGGCGGCUGCCGGCGACGCGGUGGCGGUGGCCCCGGCGCCCGCUGCCGUGGAGCCCAGCGAGUUAGAUUUCGGAGCCGGCGAGGGUCACCACCUGCAGCACAUCAGCGACCGGGAGAUGCCCGAAGAUCUAGCUUUGGAAUCCAACCCUUCUGACCAUCCAAGGGCAAGCACAAUUUUCCUGAGCAAAUCUCAAACAGACGUGCGAGAAAAGAGGAAGAGCAACCAUUUAAACCAUUGUGACCUUAGCAAUAUAUUACCACAUAAAGAACAGCGAGAAAAGGUUCCGGAGGAAUACUUCAAGCAUGAUCCUGAACACAAGUUUAUUUAUAGAUUUGUUCGGACCCUUUUCAGUGCUGCACAGCUCACGGCUGAAUGUGCCAUAGUCACUUUGGUUUACUUAGAAAGACUUUUAACUUAUGCUGAGAUUGACAUUUGUCCCACAAACUGGAAGCGGAUUGUCCUGGGAGCCAUUCUUCUUGCCUCCAAGGUUUGGGACGAUCAGGCUGUGUGGAAUGUGGACUACUGCCAGAUCCUCAAGGACAUUACAGUUGAGGACAUGAAUGAGAUGGAACGGCAUUUUUUGGAGCUGCUUCAGUUUAAUAUUAAUGUUCCUGCCAGUGUUUAUGCCAAAUACUACUUUGACCUUCGCUCCUUAGCAGAUGACAACAACCUGAAUUUUCUGUUUGCUCCUCUCAGCAAAGAAAGAGCACAGAAUUUAGAGGCCAUUUCCAGAUUGUGUGAAGACAAAUACAAAGACUUGUGUAGAGCUGCGAUGAGACGAUCUUUCAGCGCAGAUAAUUUCGUCGGUGUCCAGCGCUCUAAUGCCAUCCUCUCUUAAGGAGAGUAAGGAGGAAUUCUGACGUCCUGAACCCCGCAUCCGCAAGGACUGGAGAAUGAUCACCUCUCCCACUCAAAAACCAGCAAACUUAGUAUUUUCAUCGAAAAGAAAGACACGGAAUUCAAGAGACUCGUGGACAAUGAGGAUUACACUCCAUAGGAAAGAAUGGGACCUUGUUAAUUGCAACAACACACUCUUCUGUCCUCUUUAAUGUAAACAGAGCUACAAAAACCUCUCCGACAAGUGAACACUCCCAACCCACACACACAGAUAUUUGCUUACUGUGUAGGCCAAUAGCUGUGAACUACACGCUUUUUUUUUUUUUUAUUAUUGUUUGUUUCAGUUAAUAGUUAAAAUUUGUAGACAUUGCAGACACUAACCCCGUAACCUUUCUGUUUUUCCUGUUUUUCUUGCCCCCUCCCAUGUUGCUGCAUAAACCCCUAGAAUCAAUGCAGUAUUAUCCUUGCAACAUGGAGCUCUUACCAACUCACGAAGCCACUUAGGACAAGACUAUAGUGCUGUCAGGCGCUGAGGUUUCUUCCUCCUGUAUCAUUGAAGCUGCUAGUCAUCACUGGCAAUCAAUUUAAACCAAAAAGCUGCUGGAUAACACUUGUUUUUUCUGUUCUUUGCAAACACUACUUACUAGCAUUUUAGCACAUUCGGGGUCAGUCGUUGAAGAUCUACUUCUGUUGGGGCCACACUACAUUUUUCAGAAACUGUAGUAACAUAAUGGUGCUUCUCUUCUUCCGGUAAUUUUCCUUAUUAAUCAGAUAACUGUAUUAAAAGAUAACUUU